UAUUAGGCCCUAAUUUUUUGAUGUUCAUAUAUUAUUACAUAUUUGCUAUAAUACUUGCUAUGACCUGAAAUGACGGCUUCCUUUGUAAACAGAAGCUUAGUCUGAUCACUGUAGAUGUUGAAACACAAUGUUGUCCCCAGGAUCUCUCCUUAGUCAGGAGUGGUACAAUUCCUCUGCAGGGAAAGGGGUCUUAGCAUCUCUCACAACACAGAAUCUACUGAAAAGAAAACCAUUUGGAAUUUUAGACAAACCUAUAUUAACAACCAAUACAGUAACAGAUGAAGUGAAGUACAAGAUUCUCUUGGUGGGGAAAAGUGGAGUAGGAAAAACUAGUACUAUAGCAAAGUUAUCAGGGAAUGACAUUCCUACAUCUCACAGUGAAACUCCAGGAAUCCAGACCACUACCACUCCUUGGCCUGGGAUGGUAAAACAACUGAACCGUGUUGUGAUGUUUCAGCUGCAGUUUUGGGAUGUUGGUGAUGGUGCCAUGAAGAAGUAUGAACACAUUAAAGCGACCUGGGAAAAUCAGGCAGAUUGUGCAAUAUUUCUCUUCAGUUUUGUGGACAGAGGGAGCUUUGAGGAAAUCCCUCAGCAUAUAACCAGAAUGACAAAGCCAAAAAAUAACUUCGCCAAGCUUGUUAUUGGAACAAAAUUUGAUCAGCAUGCACACAGUGAGGUCACGCAAAGGGAUAUCAGGGACUUUGAACACAACUGGAAAAUCCCUGUUCUAAAAAUAAGAAAUGUUCCUGAUACGGAGACUAAGAAUGAUAUGAAUGAAGUUUCUCAGAUAUUGAUCACUAUAAGUGAACACCUGUGGCAUCGUGAUAUAUUGUUGGCAGGUAGAUCUGCUUCCACCAGUGAUGGAAAAAUUUCAGCAUGUUGAGAAUACCUCAAAAUGUGUUUUUUGGGUUUUUUUUUUAUAAAAAUAUCAAAACUUUUUGUGUGAUAUUUUGUACAUGAUGUCAUGUCUUAUGACAUUGUUGAAGAUAUUUUUCUAAAAGAUGAAGUUGUUUUCCUUUUUGACAUAUCCCCCCCCCCCCCCCCACCUUAAAAAAAGAACAAAGUACUUCUUGCAGGAUUUUAUUUUAGACGAUUAAUUAUAAUUUAAUAAGUAUUCUUUGACUAGAAACGUUUUUACAUUUCUUGAAAGAUUAUUUGCCACCAGAUGCUGGUGAAGGAAUUCAAAUUUGUAACUCGACAUUGAGCAAUGAGGGAGGCGGAGGGAUCUUAGCUCUCCAAAUGACUGAACAGAUUUAUUUUAGUACUAUGUCAUUAAGCUCUGUCAUGACAAACAUGCUACCACACUUGCUUUGGAUGCUGGAUCUGACCUACAUUUUCCAGAUGAUUGAACAGAUUAAAGUUUUGGACAAGUCCACUUCAAGUAACUUAAAGCUCUAUGGUGACCUUUGCAUGCAUGAUACAUCUAUAGGGAUUUCCACUACCAGACAUGCUAUGGAUGCUUGAUCUGACCUAUAUUUUCCAAAUGAUUGACCAGAUUAAAUUUUUAGGAGUAAGUCUCAACUAAGUAUAUAAGCCCUACAAUGACCUAAUUUGCAUGCAUGAUACGUCUAGAGAUGCACACUACCAGGCUAUUUGGGUACCACAUCUGACCUAUAUUUUGCAGAUGAUAAAAUAGUUAAAGUUUUUGGAGCAGGCCUACUCCCAAGUAAUAAGUCCUACCCAGACUUGCACAACAAUAUUUCUUUUAAUGAACUUUCAUGUGGUGUGAUAUUUCACAUUACUUCUAAAUAAUAUUCAUAGAGGUGACCUUCAUAGUCUUUGGUUACAUAUGUUUUUUUAGGAAGGGGGGGGGGGGGGUCAUGGUGUUGCAGACAUUUUAAAACUAAGUACACGAGUGCCCUGUAACCUGCAAUACUGGUGUAUAGUUACUGAAUAUAUGUCACAAGUUGUAAGUUACUUCAGUAAACUUUGAAAGUAAUGCAAAUGGUAUAUCUUAAUCACAUGCUUAUUUGAUUAUCCAAACCAAUUGUAUGAUGAGACGAAAAUUCUUAAUUAAAAUGUAAAGUUUG